AUGACAGCACUUUCUUUGGCCAACGGAUUUGUUCACGGCGUGAUGACGGUCUUGUCUGCUAUCCUCACUGUCAGCUUCGGCAUCCUGAUUUCCCCAGCCUUGCACAUUCCUUUGAUAGUAUUGCAAGGGGUGAUAAUCCAGUCGACAGACUCGGGAAUCUCCCCGUUGACGAUCAGGUUGCUGGGCGUGAACUGGGUUACGCUGUUCAGGUUGCCUUUCUUCAUGGCAUCUUCGCUGUACUUGCCUUUGAGACUCGCCCUGAUGUUAUCGCGAUUCCUGUUCGCGCUCAUCGUUGUGACACCGCAACCAGCACAACAGUAUGCCGUUCUUGUUGCUGUGCCUCCUUGGGCCGAUAUCCUUUGCGGGGCUGGCUUUGACGCAUCUUUUGAGGCUGACGUUUGGAUCCCGGGGCAAAUUGAGUCGGUGGCCGAAGGGGCUUUCCUGUUCAACUUGCUGCACAGGCAGCAAGGGAUUUUCAGGCAUUCCACCGAGUUGCUCGUCCUCUCGUCCACGGUGGUGAUCUUAGUGAUGAACACCUCGCCAGUGUCAUCAGUUCAUUUGGUCUUCCUCAUGACCAUCUUCAUCGGCUACGCGAUUAUGUCCAGGCUGAGUCCCUGCUCGUUUCCGCCGGAAUUCCAGACAGACUCGUGGCUAACGAUCGGGGAGGGCUUAGCCGUUGUCGAAUCCGGGACACGGCCCGGCGACGCGCUCGCCGAUGUAGUAUUUGCCUUCCUCUUCUCCUCAGUCCUUCAAAAGGUCAGGCAGGCCAUUUUCGCAGCAGGAUACGAGGUUGUUCUUCUCUGGGCUGCCUCGUGGUUCCGUCAGCUUUCGACGCUGGGCUGCCCUGACGGCACUCUUGCACCCAUAGACGUAGCAUGGAUGGACGACCUAGUCAUCCUUCUCUCUUUGUCCACUCCUGAGGGCGCACUUGCUGCCACCAAGGGUGCUGCAACAGCUCUGAUUGAUGAGUGCCUCAAGGCAUUGCUUCACCCAAACCUUGACCCAGGUUCACUUGAUCCCGAGCUUAAAGUUCGUUCCGCUCAGGAGGCUUUGCUGUUUCAGUCAUUAGUGCUUUCGCGUUUGCUCUACGGAGCUGGAACCUGGUCUUAUCAGGACGAAACUGUUGAACAGCGCAUUCAGGGGGUCUUACUUGCCAUGGCACGACAAAUGUUGCGUCCAUCGUACAGCUUUGAGGAUUCUUGCCACCUAGGUGCAGGCCAGGUUCUUGCUGUUGCUAGAGUUCCAUCUGCAAAGGUUCUCCUGCACGUCGAGCGCUUGCGACAUCUUGCUGUCGUUACUCGGGUCGCGCCUGCUGAAUUCUGGGCUAUCUUGCACCAUGACUCUACUUGGUGCGGUCUUGCACUUGAGUCGUUGUCUUGGUUCUCUCGUGGCCUUGCACUUGCUGGCACCCCUCAGGAUCGACUCUCUGAGUGGUCUUCUGCGCGUGAAGUUAUCAUCAAGUCGCCUGCGCUCUGGCGAAGGUGGCUUCGCAAAGCACAACAGACAGCAUUGCUUGCUGAGCUCUGGGAGUCUGAGGUGCACCACUAUCAUGGGUUGCUCUUACGUUACCUGCUCUCACAUGGAGCACAGGUUGGAGAAGAGGUGCACGCUCCUGAGGCCGCAGGUGAGGUUUGUGCCGUUUGCCAGCAAAGGUUUCCUAACCUGCGUUGCUGGAGCCAUCAUGCCUUUAAGCGCCACGGUCGCGUUAGAGAGGCACGAUUGUAUGCACAGGGCACUCAAUGCCAAAUUUGCCUCAAGCAUUUUGCAUCCACAUUUCAUCUGAGCAAUCACCUCGAAUACUCCCAACAAUGUCUGGCACAACUCUCGUCUGUCUCACAGGUUGAGGUACCAAUGCCUGGAAGAGGUAGUAGGAAGUUCCGCUCUGGCAAGGACGUCAUGCUCCCGGCUGUCACUGCCAGUGGACCCGUGCUGCCUCAGGUUCCCGUUGCUUUCAUUCCUGAAGUUGACAGAGCCGAUGACAGUGUCUUGAGCUCCCUUGAGGACCUCUUCUGUUGUGAUGACCGGGGCUAUUCCUACGACACCCUGAUACAGGCCGUUAAAGCAGCUUUUGCUGGAGUGUGCCUGCAGGUCUCGCGGCUCAAAGCCACCGCCCGUGAGUGGCGUCAUCGACUCACUUCUGAGCUUCAGGACAACGAGGAUGUCUCGAUCAAUUGGUCCACCUGGCACCGUAGGAUUGCCGAUUGGAUCUGUGACGUCGACUUUGUCGAAUGGCUUGUUCCCUGUGCAAUUGACACAACUAAAGCGCAUGCCACUUUCCGUGAUGGCACUGUGCUUUUACCUUGGCUGUCGUUUCAUGCCUUGUGUGUCUCUCCCGUCGGGCUGCACGAGGGCCUUCGACUUCGGGUCAUCUCUGGUACUCGUCGGCUCCUGGGUGAUCGACUUAUCCAGUCUGUUGUCUGGCUCUGCCAUGAGCAGUGUUUCCGGCAGCCCCUGCUUCUUAAUUUCGGUGACUGGAUCAGGUCCCGUUCUGAUUGGGUCUGCGGGUUUUGCCUAGCUGGGCUGCUUUCAACCACUGCUCUUCCGUCCCCCGUUCGACACUUUAAGUCACUUGAACGGAGUCUCCAUCGCCUUCGCCUUUUCGCUGACCUUGUGCGUGGAGUCCUCCAUCUCUGGCUUAACGAAGUUCCUGCAUUCCUCGUCGCCGCCCCUUCUGACUGCCCUGGUCUUGCAGCUGUCAAGAGGGUUGCUCCUUACUGUGUACAGUCAGGCGACUGUGAAGUGCUCUCCAACUUCGCCGACCCGGGGGCUUUCGCUGCUCGUUUCACCUUUUAA